UUCUCGCGCCCCUCCAUCCCCGCUGCAGGAGCAGUGUUGCCCCUCGCAGAACGUCAUGCAUCCCGUGAAUGAAUGCCGUCUGAAUUUGCGGGUUUCCAGUAGAAACUAGGACGCGGGCAGCUUGUUUCUCUCGUUCUUCCCUCAACACUCGAAAACCCCUGCCUAAAGCCUCGUAUCGUACGUCUUACCGAGCCGCAAGACCUACACCAUGUCUGCUCAACUAGACAUCGCGGCCACUAGGGCCAAGUUCCCGGCUCUAGCUCAGGAUCAAGUCUUCUUCGACAACGCAGGCGGAAGCCAGACACUGGGCACCGUUAUUGACUCCAUCCGGGACUAUCUGUCUCAGACCAACGUUCAGCUGGGCGCCUCAUACAGGGUCGGCCAGCAGGCAACGGCCGCGUACAGCGAGGGCUACCAGGCCGGCGCAAAAUACAUCAAUGCAUCCCCUGAUGAAGUCGUCUUCGGGGCUUCUACGACCCAGCUUUUCCGUAACCUUUCUCAUGCCCUCGCUUUUGAUAAAGGUGACGAAAUCAUCGUUUCCGCAGUCGACCAUGAGGCCAAUAUUGCUUCCUGGCUCGACCUCGCCUCGCGCCAAGACCUCAACGUGAAAUGGUGGAAGCCCGCCGGCGCGCCUAACCCGAAACUCACUGUCGAGAACCUCGAGCCCCUGCUCUCGGAAAAGACCCGUCUCGUGGCCUUCACACACGCCAGCAACAUCCUCGGUACGAUCCACGACGUUGCUGCCAUCACCGCCACCGUCCACAAGGAGACGCCAAAGGGCCUCGUGUGCGUUGACGGUGUGGCCUACGCCCCGCACCGGCCCCUGGACGUACAGGCACUCGGCGUCGACUUUUACGCAUUCAGCUUUUAUAAAGUCUAUGGCCCGCACACGGCGAUGCUGUACGCCAGCCGCGCCGCGCAGGACUGGCAUAUGCGCUCGCUGGGCCACUUCUUCAACCCGUCCGGCUCGCUCGAGGGUAAGCUUGGGCUCGCCGGGGGCAGCUACGAGCUCGUCUCGGCCGUGCCGCGGGUGCUGGAGUACCUCGGCACGCCCGAUUCUGAGGGGUGGAAGUACAAGGUUGAGCAGGAGAGGCUGCUGCAGUUGACGCUGCUCCAGUACCUCAAUGGUCGCGACGAUGUGACGGUGUACGGCGAGACGGAUGCCGGAACGGAGUGCCGAGUACCAACCAUCAGCUUCAGGGUGAAGGGGUGGGGCGCCAGGGAGCUUGUCGCAGCUGUGGAAAAGGACACCGACUUCGGCUUCCGAUGGGGCCACUUUUACUCCUACCGCCUCGUCAAGGAAAUCCUGGGCCUCGACCCCGCGGAUGGGAUUGUGAGAGUCAGCAUGGUGCAUUACAAUAGCCUUAAUGAAAUCAAGAGCUUCGUGGCAGCCUUGGACGAGGUACUGCGAAAAAAGGAGUAACAUCGUAAAAUACGUUAGAUUAGGAUUAGAAAGGUCAAUAACUCCAGCCUGCCAUUGGAAGGUUGCUGUCCGUCUGAUAUCUAUGUACGCUAAAUAUAAAAAACCCAGGGCUCCAUUGCUUUUCCCUUAUAACAAGAACAAACAAGAACUGCAACUACGCAAGGAAAAAAGGUCAUAAAAACAUGGCCGUAAACAGGGCGUCUGAAGGCGUCUGAAGGCGUGCCUCAGAGCUUGCCGUUCUUCUUAUCGACGGCUUCCCUCAGAAUCGAGAUGACUGCUGCGGGGUC